UAGAACAUCACCACACGCGGAAAACUGGUUACAGCAGCGUCACGCCACAGUAACGGUUUCUGCACAAAAAAUAUAUAUAUGCCUCGAUUCAUAAACGGAAGGCAGAGCAAUUCAAUGCUUCGAUAUGUAAAAAAAUAUAUAUGCUUCGAUCAGUUUGAUGUAUAUUUUCAAAGCUUAGGCAGCCCUUAAUGAUAAUUCACUAUCCAACGUCACUAUCCGAUACUACUUUGCUGUCUGAUUGUUUGGUGGUAGGACGAGAAACAGAACGCACACGAGCGAAUUGAUGCCAGCGUCCUGGAAGCUAGAGAAUCGGAAAUCGGGCAGUGCAACCUGGAGGAGCAACUGACGGCACCCAGUGGAGACGGGUUUUCCGCUGCCGCUGAACCAUCCGGGCAGUUGAUGCCGGAGAAUUACUGGCCCAAUAAUGGGAAGAACAUUCCGUAUCAAAUCAGCCAUGAAUUCGAUACCGAACAAAGCAGUAGAAUACGACAAGGUCUACAAAAGAUUCAAGCCAGAACGUUUGCCUGUAUUACGUUUAUAAACAAGACAACGGAGACGGACUUCAUCUUCUUUAAGCCGAGCAGAUUGUGCCAAAGUCGAGUCGGAAAGCAUGUUAACGGCGGACGACACGAUAUCGAGCUCUCAAACGCCUGUGUCAACCACAUCGGGAUCAUUCAGCACGAAGUCCUGCACGCACUGGGUCUCUUCCACGAACAGAACCGACCGGAUCGGGAUGCGUACGUGGAGAUCUUCUAUGACAACAUUCAGCCGGAUUUCGUCUUCAACUUCCGCUUACUGUCGGCGAUGGAAGUCUACGGGACCAUGUACGAUCUGGAUUCCAUUAUGCACUACGGUGGUUUCGACUUCGCCAAGGUCCGCAGUCGGUAUACAAUUCGUCCGAAGAAUAAGAAGCGAGUAAGGAUGGGACAGCGGAAGGGUUUGAGUACCCUGGAUGUGACGAAACUGCACAACGCGUACCAAUGUACUUUCGACAGCGACAACGAGGUACCCGAUGACGGAGAUUUGGUGACAACAUCCAAAAGUGUCAGGACAAGUCCUCCAGGAAGUGCCAAGAGUAUGACCACUGCUGUAACCGAUAGCAGUGCUAGUGAACAGUUCCCGGAGUUUUCCAUGGAACCCAUGACGCGCGAACAGUGUGCUUUUCAGUUCCGAUCUAAAUGCGGACGCCAAUUCUACACGCAGUCGACAUGCAAGGAAACCAAAGGUCUGGAAAUUGACUGCAAAGGUUUGACCACAGACGAACUACGCGAUAUGGUAGAGCGUGCCGCCCGCCCACCGGUGCGGGCUAUCCGUCUGGACCUGGAUGAUGGGCGGCAUCUCCAGUCUGAAAUAUUUCGUCCCAUUCGGUUGCAGAUUAUUGGGUUCGAGUUGUGGAACUGCAAAACAAACCGAACAACGGAAAAAUUGUGGCACUUGCGUUUCUCGCGAAUGUAUCACUUUGAAUUAGUAAAAUGCCAAGACUUGGUUGUGCGGAAAAGUGAUUUUGACAACUCGAAAAACUUACGGAUGAUUCUGUUCCGCGAUUCCACGAUUGCGGAGUUGGAAGAUAAAACUUUUAUGAACCUGCCGGAACUGCUGGUCUUGAGUUUGGAGUACGAGCGUAUCCGUAGUAAAUCCAUUCCGAGUUAUCAGCAAGAUUUUAUUGGAGAAUUACACUGCUCCUGUCAAUUCGCAUGGCUGCGUACAUGGUAUAGCAGUCGUCCGUCACUUCUGCAUGGACGCGAAAAGGGGGCCGUGUACUCAGUGGUUGACGCUUUUCAAAGUCCGGAAGUCAACGCCGACGGAAUGUACCGACCAUACAACUGUCAGACUAAAUCUUAUCAUACGCAUGUCUCGAAUUUGCCCUUCUCAACCCACGCUUGUUAAAAAAUGCUGACCUGUAACUCAGGAACUGGUACUAUGAUAUCUUUAUGAUAACAAAGUUAUAGUUAUAGUGGUUACUGUGCUGCAUGUGACGGAGAGAUCAGUACGAUAGGAAUAAUUACCGUAAAUAA